GCAGACUACACGCCGUUUUUCUUCCUUAAUUUCUCUAUCUUCUUCACCUGAAUCUUCUUCGCCUGGACUUGUCAAACUUGUGCGUGAUUCAUCGUCACAUCGCCUUGAUCAUGGAAACUCCUAUCGAUGCUCCGAAUAAGGACGAACAUGAAUGCCCUAGGUGGAAGAAAUCAACUGUAGUUUUUGUGUUGGGUGGUCCUGGAAGUGGAAAAGGUACUCAGUGUGCUAAUGUUGUGAAGCACUUUAGCUAUACCCAUUUUAGUGCUGGUGAUCUUCUCAGAGCAGAAAUUAAGUCCGGUUCUGAAUUUGGAGCCAUGAUCCAAAGUAUGAUUGCAGAGGGGAGAAUAGUGCCGUCUGAGAUCACAGUGAAACUUUUGUGUAAAGCUAUGGAGGAAAGUGGUAAUGAUAAGUUCCUUAUUGAUGGCUUCCCUCGCAAUGAAGAAAAUCGAAACGUAUUCGAAAAUGUUGCUAGAAUCGAGCCUGCUUUUGUUCUAUUCUUUGAUUGUCCAGAAGAAGAACUAGAAAGACGCAUUAUGAGCAGGAACCAGGGAAGAGAAGACGAUAAUAUAGAGACCAUAAAGAAGCGAUUUAAAGUGUUUGUUGAAUCUACCCUCCCAAUUAUUAGCUACUACGAAUCGAAAGGGAAACUUCGAAAGAUCAAUGCUGCAAAAUCCAGCGAAGAGGUUUUCGAGGCUGUCAGAGUUCUAUUUGCAUCUGAAACUUGACAAGCAUCAAGGACUUGGAUUCACCGAACAGAACAAAACAGAGACUCCAAAGUCAAUGAUGUGCCUUGUCGUAUACGUAACUAAGUUUACAGAUUCAUGCUUUAUUUGUAUAUGUAAUUAUCUCUACAUUUUACAUGUUCUCAUCAUACGAUAUAGCCAAACUUUCGUCGCAAUAACCAUAUUUUUAGCUAAA